UCGAACCUCAAUCACCUGUCAAAUUUCAAACAUCCAAAUGUCAUCAACCUCGUGUAUUUCAUAAUUUUUCUCAUUAUUUCAGGCAUUAAAUUCACGUCGAGUAAUAUUCGUUAACUUUCUAAUGCCCCUUUUCCUCAACCGUAUCUAUUUCAGACUUUCCGUAGCGACCUACGUCACUAAACCUAAUUCUAACCUGCUUAAAAUCCUCGCCGAGAUGCCCAAAGAUCCCAAACACAUCGCCGAUGCACAAAAAAAUCGUAAAAAAAUUAAGGAGCGAAGCUCGAAAUAUGUUCCCGGAAAAGUUACGUUGCAGGUACUCGGAUCGGGCGCUGAAGGCGCUCCGAGGAGUUUGUAUGUGUUUUCUGAUCAAGCCAGGUAUUUAUUUAAUUGCGGUGAAGGUACCCAAAGAUUAGCUCAUGAACACAAAAUGAAAUUAGCUAAAUUAGAGCAUAUAUUCAUCACCCAACCAGUUUGGAAGAACAUUGGAGGUCUUCCUGGUACCGCUUUAACGAUACAAGACGUUGGGGUACCAAAAAUAACCCUACAUGGUCCUCAAGGACUCGAUGAAUUAUUUGUAGCCACAAAACGCUUCGUUGUUAUAAAGAAUUUACACAUUAAAAUGGCAAAGUGCGAUGAAAACAAAGAAUUUUCUGACAAUGUAAUGAUCGUACAAUACAUUCUUUUGGAACGAAAGAAAAAAAUUGAACCUAAAAUUGAGGAUAUUGCCGAAGAAAUUGAUUUAGAUUCUGACUUAUCAGGUUUUAGUAAAAACACUCAAGCUGGGUCAUCGAUGGAAACCAGUGAUGCAAGUACUUCGACAAAAUCACCAAAAAGGCGACGUAGAAGUCGGCGGAGCUCUGAAUCCGUUGGCCGAUACAGCACACCGGAUGUUGUUGAAGACAACACGGAUUAUUACGCUCAUGAACGUAAGCCAAAACGUAAACAUAGAGCCCGAUCCCAUUCAGUGAGUGGAUCUAGAGAACCCCCCGAAAGAAUUUCAGAAAGUUCCCAAUUAUUAUUAAGCGAAACCAAGGAGCGGGGUGUUUCAAUGGCUUAUAUUUGUCGAUUACAACCUCGUCCUGGUUCAUUAAACCUGGAUAAAUGUGCUAAAUACGGUGUUCCACCCGGGCCGUUAUUAGGAAAAUUAAAAAAUGGGGAAAAUGUAACUUUAAAUUCGGGUGUUGUUGUCCAACCAACUGACGUUUGCGAACCCGACGAUCCAGGACCUAUUUUUAUCGUUAUUGAUUGCCCAAGUGAAGAAUAUUUAGAUUCUUUAUUAGAAAAUAUGAAAUUAAAGAGGCACCAAAAAUACGCCGAAUGUACAAACGAUUGUGCUCACUUAGUGGUGCAUUUCACUCCAAAUUCGGUUGUUUGUCAUCCGAAAUAUCAAGCAUGGAUGGAAGAUUUUCCUCCGAGUACGCAACAUUUAAUUUUAAAUGAGAAAAAUACUUGUAUGGGGAGUAUUGCUGUUCAUAGGAUUCAAUAUAAACUUAAUUUGUUAAGUAGAACUAUGUUUCCGAUUUUGGGUGAUAAAGGAACCCAAGUUUUAAAUGAAGAGAGCGUAAAUCCUGCUUUUAAGAAACUAAAAACUGAAUCGAUUGAUUCUUUACCAUCAAGCGAACAAUCCGAAUCACAAAUCGAAAAGUUAUCUUUCAUGUCAACGUCGAAAUCGGUUUUAACGACAUUUUCUGAUGAUUGGAUUCAACCGAAUACUUUAUGUUCGUUUCAUUUAAGACCUCGUAAAGGACUUGAUAGAUCUGGUGAAUUGAAGCUGGUCCCUUCCACUUACAUCGAUGAAACUAUUGAGGUUGAAGGUUUCCGAAGUGAAUUGCAAAAGUUACGAAUUAAUAUUUUGAAUCAAAGUCUUGGGUUGAUUCCGAGACCAUAUCCGAAACUUUUAUUUUUAGGCACCGGAUCUUGUAUACCAAAUAAAACAAGAAAUACAAGUGGGAUAUUAUUGGAAACUAGUGACGAAUGUAAAAUUUUGGUUGAUUGUGGAGAAGGAACUUAUGGACAACUUUUACGAUUUUUCGGACCGGAAAAAUCUUUGGAAAUUUUAAUAAACACUCAAGCGAUUUAUAUCUCACAUUUACACGCCGAUCACCACAUCGGUUUAAUUGGAUUCUUAUUGGGACGAAGAAAAGCUUUAAACGAAUUAAAAAUUGAUGCCCCUCCGAUAAUCCUUUUUGCCCCAAAACAAAUUUUAAAUUGGCUCGUUUUUUACGAUCGUUGCUUUGAGUCAUUUGCAAACGAUUUUGAUUUAAUUCCCAACGGAGAUUUACUUCUCGAAGAAGAAGUUAUCUCAAAAGAUUUAAAAGAAAGUAUAUUGAAACGAUUAAAUCUAACGAAUAUAAAUACGGUUUUAGUGAGACAUUGCCCCAAUGCUUUCGGAGUCUCGUUCACUCACAGCGACGGUUAUAAAGUCACUUAUUCCGGUGACACCAUGCCCUGCCCAAACUUGGUUAAAUUAGGGAAAGAUUCCGAUUUGUUAAUACACGAGGCUACGAUGGAAGAUGAAUUAGCAAGCGAAGCUGUUCUUAAAAUGCACUCAACCACGUCUCAAGCAAUUUCAAUUGGCCAACAAAUGAAUGCUAAAUACACUUUAUUGACGCAUUUUAGUCAAAGAUACGCUCGGUUACCGAGGUUUAAUGAAAAUUUUAAAGAAAACGUUGGAAUUGCUUUCGAUAAUAUGCAGUUGAAGUUGGAUGAAAUACAUUUGGUUCCUUUAUUCUAUCCUGCUUUAAAAUUAAUGUUUGCUGAGCAUUACGAAGGAUUAGAAAAUAAAGCGAUUAAGAGGCAGUUGCGAAUUGAACGGGAAAAAUCUGUUGAUCGUAGGUCGUUACAGAAAGUUUAAAUUGUUAAUUAAACAUUUUCAAUAAAAUAUUUUAAAAGUAA